AUGAUGAUUUCCCGCAAUGACUCGGCUAUUAUUGGUGAUUUUCUUAACGAUUCUGCUGUUACAGUUGACUCUUGUUUGUCCAGCUCCGGCGAUGUUAGCGGAGCAGACAGGCCGAUUGUGGCCGGAUUCAUCCUUGUGUGCUCGUUGAUUGCUAUUCAUUUUACUUAUUUCGUCAUAAAUAUGUCCAUAGCGGGUCUGCUCUUUACGACGAACAAUCUCUGGAUAGCGGUCCCAUGCACACUUAAUAAAUGCGGAUUCGUCAGUACGGACUUGUCGAUGGUACUGUUGGCAACGCCGAACACGAUAGCUUACUUUGGUUAUCUGCUCACAGGGAUGACUUUCACCGUCUAUCGGUUCGGAGUGAUUAUGUCAACAAAUUUCAGUGACAAAAAGUUUAUCAUCAAGGUGUUGCUCGCAUUUCCAUGGUUGCUCACGUUAUUCAUGACGUUUGGUACGACGACGAUGGGUUGCUUGAAGCGAUUCAACCGAUACGCUCUUAGAUAUACGUACGACUGCUCCACUUGUGAAAUUUUAUUCGGAUUCACCUUCAUGGACGUGAAUUUUUAUUUUGGUCAAGGAAUUCCAGUGCUGAUGAUUGCCGCCCACAUAUACAUUUUAGUAUCUGUAUAUCGAAGACGUAAGCAGGCAGUUGCCUCUCAACAACGCAAUACGCUUUUCGACUUCAAAUUGGCUAUCCAGUUCACCGUUAUAUGCCUUUCUCAGAAUAUGUCAGCUUUAUUAUUCUUCUUCGUUCCCAAAAUCGGUGGAAACUCCGUCUGGGGUAAUGUCGCCAUAAAUAUCAUAGCGAAGGUUCGAUAUCGAAACCAUGUACCUAAGCAAAGAUUAAAAUCUGGUGGGAAAGUUGAAUAUGGUCGUUUUCGACCACAAUCUUUACAUGAUGAAAGCUCGAUCCGAUCAACAUUACUGUUAAUCCUCUUGUUCUGCUCCUAUUCAACCAGCAAGUUCACCAAGGAAUUCGAUCCAUCUUCUAUGGGAAAAGGAGAACGGUGA